UUUGUAGACAUCCGUCUGCUUGCUUGUCAAAGUUCUAUGGGUCUCACGAAAACAAGUUCCUUCAAACUAGUCUUUGUUUACUUACCCGACCCAUCGGUUGGCAACGAAGUUAUCAGAAUUAGUUCUAUAAUUAAUUUAAACAAUGAACAGAGAUGUGGACGUCAUAUUACCAGAUUCAGACGUAGCUAGUGAGGUGACACUAGAUUCAUCAUCAGAUCUUGGCAGAUCUUCGCCAACGUUAAGAGGAAUACGAGUUCGGGAUGCCAAUUCAAAACAACGAACGAGACGUCCAUUCCACUUACAGAGUACCAUUGCAGCAAAUCGUGCUGAAUCCCCUGUCUUGAUUGAUGCUGUACCAUACGAUAAUGCUCAGGAAGCUACUUACUCACGCUAUAAAUACUACCAGAGAUUAAGAGGACCCACCAUUGGAAAUGAUCAAGCAUUGUUGAUACCUGAUCAUGUUGUGCCAUCCAUCUUUUUCUACCCAUACAUUCCUGGCACAGUUCCUUUAACUGGCAAACAAAGCAGUUUAAUAACUAUAUUUGCAGUUUGGAACACAAUGAUGGGUACGUCGUUACUCUCAAUGCCAUGGGCUGUUGAGCAAGCAGGACUGGUAGCUGGAUUGUCACUGAUCCUUGUCAUGGCAGCCAUCUGCUUUUACACUGCCUUUUGUAUCCUUCAAGUUUACGGCAUCUACGGUGAGAAGGAAAAUCUUGCGGACUUUCCAGAUCUCUGCAUGUUCCUGCUGGGGCGUGUCGGUCAAUGGGUUUCCGUUCUCUUUUCGGCACUUUCAUUACUUGGGGCAAGUGCGGUGUACUGGGUUCUCAUGUCCAACUUCCUCUAUCAUACGGUCAAAUACGUGUAUGAUCUGAUUACGACGACGACGUCUGUUACCCUGUUGUCCGUGGACGAUGACAAUACUUCGGCGUUUAAUCUGUUUUGUCCGGAUCCGAUCGAUAAUCUGACUUUCUCGUCACUCCUGAAUGGACCGAUAUUCCAGAAUGGAGCUUCUACCUUUGACAAAAUUUGGAAUUUGGAUCUGACUGUUCCUAUUUACAUGGCUCUCCUAUUGCUGCCCCUAAUCUGCCUAAAGUCAGCCACCUUUUUCACCAAGUUUAAUGCACUGGGCACAGUCUCGGUAUUCUACAUCAUGGCAUUCGUUGUCACCAAAGCGUCCCAAUGGGGAGUGCACGUCGAAUUUAGCGACACUACUUCACCCUUCUACGUGCCUUUGUUGCGCUCCAACUUUCCGGCUUUGUCGGGCAUGUUGUCCUUGGCGCUGUACUUGCACAAUUGCGUCGUGAGCAUCAUGAAGAACAAUCGGCGCCAAGAGUGCAACGGCCGUGAUUUGAGUAUCGCCUACACCCUGGUAGCGCUGACUUAUUUAGGUAUCGGAGCAACUUUCUACCUCACAUUUCCCCUCGAGAAGGAUUGCAUCGAAGACAAUUUGUUGAACAAUUUUUCGCGUUCGGAUACGCUAACCGUUAUAGCUCGCGUCUUUUUGCUCUUUCAAAUGAUGACGGUCUUUCCGUUACUCGCUUACAUCCUGAGAACGCAGAUUCUGUACGCUUUCUUUAAUUCCAUUUAUCCCAGCUUUAACCACGUAUUUUCUCUCAACGUGAUAUUGCUGUCCGUCUGCGUUGUAUUCGCCAUCUUCUUGCCGCAGGUCGGCACCAUAACAAGAUUCUCCGGCGCUUUGUGUGGUUUGGUCUACGUCUUCACACUACCCAGUAUAUUGUACGUCGUGUCUUACAGGAAGCAGAAUAACGGCCGAGCUCCGGCAUGGGUGUAUAUUGUGCACGGUUUUAUUAUGUUGUGUGGUCUACUAAAUUUAAUUGCCCAAUUUGUCGUCACCAAUUGAUGGCCGCUACGCUUAGACAGGUCGGUUCCGAUUUCAAUAUAUAACGUUCUCGUAUCGUU